AUGGGUUUAUCAAUUCUGAGGCAACGGAAGUGCCAAAGACUCUCUCCCGACUCUUCCCUCUCUUUCUUGCUGGUUUAUCUCCAAACAAAUACAAACCCACACCUCCAUACAUCCAUGGAGGUGGGAAGGAAUUUGCUAAGUUCAUCUUCACCACUAACUGCUCGAACCCAUCUUAGAAACUGUCCGUCUUCAUCUUCUUCUUCGUCUUCUUCUGUUUUGAUGCUUCAUGAGCAAGCAGCUCAUGCACUUCCCUUUAUGCCUACAACUUCUUUAGCUCAACAUUUCCCAACAUCAGUUCUGCAAGAGCAGCGUGAUGAAACUAGGCCUUUCAUGCACAUGAUCAAGGAGGAUAAAAUGUCUCAGGUAACAUUGAGCACAAUGCAGAUGGAAGGUGGGUCCCCAAGACACAAAGAGAAUAGUAAUAUGGAUUCUGAUCAAUGCCUGGAGCAUUUUCAACGUCGUUUGCUUAAUUUGCCAGGCUUAUGGUAUCUAUUGCCAUCCUUCGAGACCAAGGGAAUGCCAUCCUCAACUGUACCAUCCACUCCAGGUAAAGAAAAUAAACUUAUAGAACCCCACAAUGUGGUUGCCCUUGCUAAAAAAGCAUUGUCAGCCUCAAAACAAGCAGCUUUGUUAGCUGAGGAUUCAGAGUUGUUAGCUGAUAUUGAUCAGUCCUUAAAUCCUAGAUCUACAUCUUUUGGCAAUUUUCCACUUGAGGAGAAGACUGUUAGAUCAACACGAAUGCUAGAGAGGCGAUCUAAGAAAAGGAGGGUAGCAAAGCCAAGAGUUACAGUUGAAGAGACCAGCAAUUCUAGAAAGGCAAAUUUGCAAAGAAAAAAAAGUGUAUCAUUUGAUCCAAAUGACCCCCUUAGACUGUUCCUUCGGGGUUCAGAAACUAGGCAACUUUUGACGGCAAAAGAAGAAUCUGAAUUGAUUGCUCAGAUACAGGAUUUGAUGAGAUUAGAGGAAGUGAAGAACAAGCUUCAUUAUCAAUUUAAUUGUGAACCAACACUGGUUGAAUGGGCUGCAGCUGUUGGCCUUAGUUGUAGGGAUUUGAAGUUGCAGAUUCACCGGGGCAACAGCAGCCGGGAAAAGUUAAUUUAUGCUAAUUUUCGUAUGGUAGUUCAUAUUGCUAAACUAUACCAGGGCCGUGGUCUCAACCUUCAGGAUUUAUUGCAGGAGGGAAGUAGAGGUCUCAUGAGAAGUGUUGAGAAAUUUAAGCCACAGGCUGGCUGCCGAUUUGCUUCUUAUGCUUACUGGUGGAUAAGGCAAACAAUUAGGGAAGCCAUUUUUCAUCAUUCUAGGACAAUUCGUCUUCCAGAAAAUGUUUAUAUCCUUCUGAAGAAGGUGACUGAAGCAAAGAGAUUAUGCAUUCAAGAGGGAAAUCAUCGACCAACAAAAGAGCAAAUUGCAGCACGUGCUGGAAUUACAGUAGAGAAGCUGGAAAGAUUACUAUUUGCUGCACGAAUGCCUCUUUCAAUGCAACAGCCUGUAUGGACAGACCAAGACACUACUUUUCAGGAAGUCACUGCUGACACUGCAAUUGAGACCCCGGAAGCAUUGGUAGCAAAGCGACUGAUGAGGCAGCACGUCCGCAGCCUUCUGAGCGUUCUGAGCCCGAAAGAGCGGAGAAUAAUCCGGCUGAGAUUCGGCAUCGUGGAGGGCGCCAACCCCAAAUCGCUGUCGGAAAUUGGCAGCGUGUUCGGGUUGUCCAAGGAGAGGGUUAGGCAGCUGGAGAGCCGAGCAUUGCACAAGUUGAAGCAAAGUCUGAGCGUCCAUGGCCUCAAUGCAUAUGCAGAUUUGGUUAUUUAGAUGCUAAUAAUGGCCUCUGCUAUUUUUGUCAGCUUUCUGAAAUCUGUAUGGUGUAGUCAGCUUCAAAGCUUUAUCAUGGGUCUUUGAUGAAGCUCAAUGAAUGUACAUACAAUUCUGGCCAAUUGUAUUUGUAUCAGCAAUUGUGGUAAUUUUUUCUGUA